ACUUUACAAGCGGUUGGUUUGUGUAAAGUAUGAGUUUGAGCGGUACCAAUGGUAGAGUUCCAUACGACGAGGAGGUGGGGUUUUUACCAACCUUAAAAGAUAGUCCUGAUACGAAUGAAAAUGAAGCAGGACAAAAAGACACCUAUCGUUUACUUACAAGAGAAGACUUGAUGCAGCUAGACAGCAAAGAGCCGUUGUGGUUACGUCUUAGAUGGGGUCUAUUUAUAUUGUUUUGGAUUGUUUGGAUUGGACUCCUCUUAGCGGCAAUCUUAAUAAUAGUGUUCACUCCCAAGUGUCCUCCAAGACCUGUUCUGCCUUUCUGGAGAUCAAGUACUGGGUAUUGGGUCAACCCAUUUGCUUACGCGGAUUCUACCGGUGACAAAAUCGGAGAUCUACGAGGCUUGGUCGAAAGACUCGGAUAUAUCAAAAGUACUAUAGGUGCGGGAUUCAUUGUCCUCAGUUCUAUUUUCUCCGGUCAGUUUACUAAUGACCAGAAAACAUUGGGUCUUGUGGACGAUUUCUAUACUAUUGAUCCUGCAGCUGGUACUAUGGAAGAUUUUAAGUAUUUUGUGAGGUCAUGCCACAAAAAUGGUAUUCAUGUGGUCUUGACCAUGGACUUUAAUUCUGUCUCUGCGAAACAUUCAUGGACUGAUUCAACGUCUAUGCUCGAACCAUAUCCGAGUGGUGGACGGAUUUCCCGUUUAGGUGGCGAUGCAAGAACCGUUAUACAAGGCACCGGAUAUUACUCUGUUUUUGGUUCACAGUUUGUUGAUCUUAAUCUGAGAGAGUCAGUUACAUUAGAUCGUGUUUCUGAUGUGGCAAAGUUUUGGCUCAAUGAGGGCAUAGAUGGCAUUCUUUUAGACAAUGUUGCUUUCUAUGUUGAAAACAGUGCAGAACCCACCACCCCGAUUACAAAAGAGUUGGGUUCAAAAUGGUUUGCUAAAUAUCCGACAUCACAAAUUUACCUGAAUGAAUCAGUGGAGGUCGUUCGCAGAAUUAGAAAGGUUGUCGAUGAAAUGUCGGAGUCCAGUGGGAAACCAAAGUUAUUGGCAGUUGAUGCUGGUAAUACAGGAUAUGGUAUUAGUGAGAAGGAAGACCCUUCCAUGCAGUAUCUCGGGACGAAAGAUUCGCCAGCAGCACAUGUAGUUGUAAGCCGUCAGUUUGUUAAGCAGCGUGGUUGGAAAGCAUCUCCAACUAAUCCUCUCGUGAUAAACAACAAUAUUUUGACGUAUGAUAUGCUAAGUGUGGAUGACAGAGAUUCCAUGGCUUUGGCAGCUGCUUCAACUACUGACCCUAGACAGUCUGAUCUAGUUGCUUUGGCUUCUACGUUUCUGCUUCCAGGCACUUGUCUACUGUAUUAUGGUUCGGAGUUAAAUGAGGAGACGAGAAACACCAAAUUCACUGUCGAUUUUUACCCGUUUGAUGAGAAGACUGUGUUCACUGGCUCUAACGAAACUGAUGUACUUUUAUCUCAAUUAGCCAUGCCUUGGGAUCAAUCUGGAGUUGGUUUUUCGGCGAUGCUAUCAAAUGUUACUUCUUUUACAGAAUAUUUGAAAGCCUUUAAAUUUAAUGAAACAGUCGAGGUACGUAUAGUGACUAGACUACUAGAGAUCGAAUAUGCCAGAAUGUUAUUGACAUUUGCUCUUAAUUGUUAAAUAUUUAUUUUGCGUAGGUUUUAAGGUAUUAACAUUAAAACUAACGGGAUCGUUUGCAUCAAACGCAAAAUUUUCAACCAGUUUUGUCAUGGAAAAUUUCUCAAUAGAUUGCAUAAUAAACAGUUGUUUAUAAGCUUGCUAUACAUGUCUAAAACGUACUGUCAUUUGACACUGAAAAGCAAGUAGAUUGCAUUGUCAGAAAACGAUUAUCCAGCUUCAACUAUCAAAGUAUUAGUUGCUCACUCCUCUAGCCUUGAGUAACUGUCUGUUUUGUUCAGUACUAAUCACGCAUUCAACUAGGUUGAUAAAUGUAACCUGAAAUAAGUUAAUGUUACCUCAAAUACGUAGUUACGGGAAUUAGAAGCACUGACUGACUCCCGAUAUAUGAUCAGAGUUGCUUCAAUUUUAACAUUCAAAAUGUGAUUCUUACUAUGUCGUAGUUAACCACUCACCCAAACCUCCUUUAAAUUUUCACUGCAGAUUUUUCUGGGUGAAACUUCCUUUUCUUGUCAUUGUAGGAGUUCAUUUUCUAGAAACAUAUGUUUUGUAUAGAUUAUAAUAUUUUCAAUUUCUGAAAAUACAACGUGUUAACUGUGAGCAUUCAUUUCACUCAGUUCUCUUUAUUGCUUCUUGGCUUAAAAACGUUUAGUUUAUUUCGUAUAUUUGUUUUUCAUGAGAUGUUAACUAGUCUAAUGAUGACGCUCAAGAUAUCGAUGGCUGUUGAUGUGCAUAAAAUCGGUUCCCCAAGUGUUUUGUUGAAUUAAAGUUGUCAUGUACAAAUAAUGGAUCAUCUGUCUUCCCAUCUGUUUUAGUCCGCAACAUCAAGUGGUCGUGGGAUUACUUCUCUCUCACUUGUUCAAGAUCUUGUAGCGAUCCGUAAAAAUGAAAGCUUGCUUUGGGGAGGUUUCAGGAUGUUGCAACCCAGUCGCAUUACAGAAGAGUUGAAUUUUGAGAUAUUUGAACGCAAAGCCGAAGGUUUCCCAGCUUUCAUAAUUGUUUUACGCAAAGAGUCCAAUGCGGUCAGUGGGACAUUUGACUUUUCUAGUGUGUGCCCUAGCAUCAUUCCAAAAAUAAUCUAUCCUCCAAAUAAAAACUUCCCAAUUGAUCAACCAGUUAGUAGUCACGUGUUUACCUGAAAUCUGAUGGGCAACCUAUGAUAUAUGUUUUCAAAUGUGAAUGAAAUAAGUAAACUUACCGAGGUUUCAUAUGUAUGCAGUCAAUAACUGGUUUGUUGUGCUUGAACUGUCAGCUAUUACUUUUUCAACUUAUCGAACUUUAUCUGUUGUAGUACAAAAUGCUUUCUUAGUUUACCGCUAAAUUGUGUGCUUAUGUUCAUUCCGACCAAUUUACAAAUAUAUAUUUCUUUGCUC